AUGUCUGUUUCGGAUGGUUUGGCAUUCGAUUCAAUUUCAUCAGAUGUUCAUUGUUAUUUUCUUUGUUCAUCGUGUCAGUAUUUGCUUAUUAAACCAAAAUGUGUUACAUGUGGUUAUCGAUAUUGUUCUCAUUGUAUUGAAAAAAUAAUCAAAAGUCAUUCAUCAGCAAUAUGUUCUGCAAAUAAUUGUGGUCAAAUGAUCAAAAACAAUGAAGGGUAUUCCUUUAGCUGGUGUUCCACCAUUUAUCCUGAUUUUGCAGUCGAAAAUGAUUUAAAUAUUUUGACAAGUAUUGUUUGUCAUAAUGAAACAAAAGGAUGCUCAUGGAAAGGAAAUUAUGUAUCAUAUAAAGAUCAUUUUCAAGUGUGGACAUUUGAAAAUCUUCAAUGUGAUUAUUGUUCAAAAUUUAUUACAAAUCGACUAUUAAAUGAACAAUAUUAUGAAAUUUGUCCAAAAGCUCCUGUUUCAUGUCCAUUAAAAAAAUUCGAUUGUAAUAUUCAGAUUCUACGAGAAUCUAUUCAAGAUCAUAUCGCAUCAUCAUUAAUUGAACAUAUUGUGUUACUUCCUAAUGGUGUUUCAUUAUUUAUUAAUCAAUCAAUGUCAAUUGCUCAUCAACCAUUGUGUACUAUUUCUCUUCCAAAAUUAUCAAUUGAAAAGACAAAUAAUAAAUUUUUUGAAAAUAAAUCUCUUAAUCAAGAUCAAAUAAAUGAACAAAUUCGUUUACAAAAAUAUCUUCGAUCACAAAUUAAACAACUUAUCAAAGAAGAAUACUAUAUUAUUAAUAGUGGUGUUAAUGUGAAAUUAUAUAAAAAUGAAUUAUAUAAAUUACAACAACAAUAUGCAUUAUCAAGAUUUCUUACUAAUAAGGAAACAUAUUUAUGGUAUAUUAAUAAUCUUCAAGAGAUUUUUCAAAAUGCAAAACAAGCCACUCAAUCAAAUGAUAUUAGUUCUUCAUUUUAUACAUAUCGAGGUGGUUAUAAAAUUUCAUUAAAAAUAUAUGUAAAUGGUCAUAUAACAGCACAAAAUACUUAUUUAUCUUUACAUUUAACAAUAUUAUGUGGUCCUUGUGAUUCAUAUCUUAAUUGGCCAUUUGAUAAUCCAAUAUUGAUAUGUUUAUAUGAUAAUAGUGCAAAACAAUAG